UUUUUUAAUACGACUGAUAUUCUUACUUUUAUUAGUAUUAAUUCGUUUUUGAAAACAACUUAAUGUGCUUACUUUAAAUUUCAUGUACAAUUAAUUCGUGACUGCUGAGUAGUAAAAAAAAAAAAAAAAUGAAUAUCAAUGAAAUUAUGUCUUCUUCGUCUGAACUAUUCCGAAAAGGAAAGUUUAUCAAAUGCUGUGAGCUUCUUCAGAGUUCAGUAGAUAGUUGUUAUUUAAAAAACAUUUCUUUACAAAAUGAAGUUGAAUUUAUAAUAUUGAGAAACAAUCUGCUCAUCUGCAAUUGUCUGAAAACUUUAAUUACCAUCGAUACAGAAUAUGUUAGCAAAAUGUCAGAAAUUAUUAACAUUGCUGAACUUUAUUUGUACGAGAAGCACAUUCCAUUAGAACUGCGUGUUAACUUUGUGUGUAAUGCAUUGCAUUGGUAUUGGUGGAAACCAAUUGAUGUGUUGGAUUAUUGUUAUAAUAAAAUAAUGACAAUAAUCAGUGAAUGUCUACAUCAAGUGUUAUAUGAAAAUGGAAAUAGUAUUGCAAAUUUGAGUUCAUUUGUGAACCAUGAGGAAGAUAUACUCAAUAGUUUAGAAUGCCUGUCUAAUAGGUUUCUUAGUUUAAAACCAAUACUGGUAGUCCAAUGUCUAGAAAUCUCACAGAUAUUGUUAUUAGUGUUUUUGUCUAGAUGCAGUUUUGAUUCACUCUUAGUGCAGUUUACUGUACAGUUUCUUGAUCAAUUCAAAACUAUUGCGGUUGUUUUUAAACAUAAAAAAUUCAACCAAAUUUCCAAUUGUUUUAAAUUUGGACUUUCUAAAAUUAAUGUUUUUCUUGAUAUUGAGAACAUCAAAACCAUAAUUGUUAGUAGUCACGUGUCUUUAUGUAUCAAAUAUGUUUUGGAAAACCAACAUCGACAAGCCUUAUGUACAUUGAGUACAGUAGACCAAUAUAUGGAUUCUAAUGAUGAGUUGUACUGUUUGAUGUGUUAUUUAAAGGCUUUAGUAAAUUUUAAUUUAGAGGAGUUUGAAGUGACAUUGUAUUAUUUAUCAGAAAUGGUCAACUGUUUAAUGGAGCCUUUUAUUAAAUCAAGAUAUUUUUUAUUGCUUGGGAGAACUCAUUCAAAAAUAGGUAAUAGUGAUUUAGCAAUAACUGCAUUUGAAAAACUAAAAGAAACAAAAUUUAAUAAAAUUAUGGCUUAUUACAUGUCACAACAUUACGAAAUAAAUAACAUGCAGUUUACACAAAUCAUGGUACUGGAAAAUACUUUAAAGGAAAAUUAUGAUCUCAGAAAAGAUAAGCAUGAAAAUUGUUUUAACAGUUAUACAACAAAGGCCCUUACUAUAUUAUAUCCCCAACCGGAUUUAACUGAAAGGCAACUACUCUAUAUGACAGCUAAAAAGAAAUAUGAAUACAGUAGUUACAGAGUAUCAGCGUCUGAUUAUUUAAAUCUUUUGAAAUUAAAUAAGAAUGACCAAUAUGUUUCCAACUUGGUGACAGUUCCAACAAAUUUUAUGCUUCAACAUGAAGCAGUUGUAGUUCUUAUAAAAGCUCAAGAAAUAGAAUUAGCUUUUAAAAUGUGUCAAUCCUUAAUUGGAGAGUUUGAACCAGGAUGUGGUCUGUGGAAGAGCGAUUCAUUUUGGGCCGAUGAACUCAAUGAUUAUAAUUUCAAUGUAGUUGGAACCAUGUUGCUGGCUGAAACAGGUCUCAAUAAAAAUACAGAUACAGUUUUGGAAGCACUAAACAAGUCUUAUAAUUGUUUAUAUGAAAAAAUCAGUUAUCCAACAGAAACUAAUAGUCAUGACAAAAGUAUUAAAAUCCUACGACAAAUUCUCAUAGGUAAAAUAUUGUUACUAAAAGCCACAGUUUUGAGUAGGCUUAACAACGAUGAUGAUUGUGAAGCCGCAUUCAAAAAGGCACUUACAUUUAAUGCAGGCGAUGAAGAUAUUGUUUAUUUAUAUUCAAAAUGGUUGGAACAUAAAGGGAAGUUGUCACAGUCAAUGAAUGUUCGUGAUCAAUUUGAUCAAAGUAAAACCAAUACAGUCAUUUGUGAUAAUUUUGUAAUGACUUAUAUCUUGGAGAAUAAGCACGGUCUUGAAGAUUCUAUUAUUGGAAAAAGUGUAAUAGAUGAUUUGUUUGUUAGUACAGACGAAAGAGCUAUGGAAGUAGACAAUGAAAUGGAUCCUGCUGAUGAUGAUAUUUUUAAUGAUUUGUUUUUAGACUGAAGUGUUUUUUAAUUAAAGAAAUACUUAAAAAAAU